CUCAAUGCGGAGAACCGAUAACAAGUAUGAUUUGGAUCAAUGUCUAUGUUUUGAAAUUAUUAUGUGAGAAAUGACAAUACAGUUGUAGUAUUUUUUAAAGGAAAAAAUCGGAAAAUGACUAUGUGGAAAAGUUUAAUACAACUCAGUGAAUCAAAUUUUUUUCGUUACGGUUUGCCAUUCAUUGUGUUUGUUGUUGGAGGCUCUUUUGGACUUAAAGAAUUUGCUCAACUGAGGUAUGACUAUAGCAAAAGAGAGAAAAUUGAUCCUGAUGAACUUAGAGAGAAAUAUGGAAUCCAGAUGAAGAAAAGAGGUGAAGUCACUCUGGAGAGUGAGUACGAAAAACUGAAACAGCUGGAUAUCGACAACUGGUCAAACAUAAGGAUUUCUCGUCCCUGGGAAGAAUCGCCAGAAGAAAGCAAGUGAACAGUAUAAUAACUUUUUUUUUAGCAAAACUGUUUAUAAAAUAUUCUAUUGCACAAGCCAUUGUAAAAAUCCUGAUUCGCAUGUUACGAAAUUGUGCCUAGAAAAAUAGGAGAUAGCUAAAAGAUAGAAGAAAGCUAACUGAACUCAAGAAGUGAAAGGCUGGGGUGUGAAUCAUGAGUGUGUAUAGUGGAUGUAAGUGUAUUAAUAAAAUAAAUUAUUUGUGGUUAUUGUCGCAGUUAAGCUUCAGAUAAGAAUGUUAGCAUAACGAUCUAAUGAACAGACUAUUCUUAUUUAUAUUUUUAAAAUUUAUUUUGUGAAUGCUUAUUUGAUCACUGGCAUAGAUAGUAACAAAUCCAUAAAUUGAAAAUACCAUAGAAAUAACAUAAAAACAAGCUGAGUCAUAACAACCUGUAAAGCUUCUAAACUAAAAAAUAUUGCCUGGAUGUGUUGAUAUUUUUGUCAAGUUAUUAUCUUUUACAAUUUUUCUUUAUGAAAUUUUUAUGAAAUGAAAAUUGGUA